UUUCUUUUCCUUGUUUACAAGGUCCUUUUAUCUUUUAAGAAAAAGAGAGGCUUCUGCAUAACUUUAUAAAAGAGAAAAAAAAUCUUUCGUAUCAUGGCUUCUCAAAAAGAAGAACCUACUGCGUCCUUUCUAUUUGGUGACUCGGCUGGAGAUGACCCUUUCAGUCAACUGCAGCAACAACAGCAGCCGACCCCACCAAAAGAAGAACAACCAGUGGCUACCGAAAAGAAAGUAGCUGGUGACGCCUCGAGUCUUUUUGAUAACAGUACAGCCGGAGUAGACUUAUUCUUUUCAUCUACUGCAGCUACUGCCAACACAACACCUCAAUCGGCUUAUCCUCCCACGACGAACGCGUCUUCUUUCUUUGAUCAAUCACAAGGAACAGGCUCAUUUUUUGAUGACUUGAAUCAACAACAACCUGUGUCUCUGACUCAAGCUUAUGACCCCACGACUUAUAGUCAACAAGAAGGAAUAGAGGCAUACGUUCCUAAUGGCUAUCAACAAGGAGCUGAAGCUCAAGCGUAUGAUCAACAACAACAGCAACAACAGCAGGAAUGGGUUGAAUUUGAUCCCAAUGUUCAUUACUAUUAUGAUGAACAAGGAGGUGUACAUUAUUAUGAUCCAAACACAAACCAAGAAUAUGAUAUGAGCCAAUAUGGAUAUGAUUAUCAAUAUGAUCCUCAAUAUGCUGAAUACUACAGUCAACAAGAGUAUGAUCCCAAUGCUUAUGCUCAACAGCAGCAAGUCUAUGACACAAAUACCUAUGCUCCAGUCACACAAGAUCAAACAGAGAAUUCCUACUUUGAUUAUAGUCAUCAACCUCGAGAAGUAACGCCAACUGAUAAUGCAGUGGCUAAGGUGCCUGCUCAAGUUCAAUCUGAGCAAACACUCGAUACUCAGCAAUACCAACAAGGUGACCAAUAUGGUUCACAGCAACAAAAUUAUCAGUCUUAUGAGCCAGUUUCGACUGAGACUGUUAGUGUGGACCGAUAUGCACCUGCUGAGUACAAUACUCAAGCAACAGAUCUACAAGUUCAAGUACCACCACUUGACAUAAAAGACAAUGGCCCUUCUCCUUCUGCACCACCACAAAAAGCAAUUGUGACACUGCCAUCACUACCUCGCUCUUCUGCCAUGUCUCCUGGAGCACAAAUCAGUUCUCAUCGAGGCUCAUUUGAUGCUAAAGCUAAUUCUGAGAUGGAUCAAUCACCAUCUAAAUUUGUACAAGAAGAUUUGAACGACUUAGAUGAUUUGGUUUUUGGCGGCAAUAAGCAACCUCAAGUAGAAGACUUGGACGAUUUGUUCGGAAUAGACAACAACCAAGAUCAGAAAGUGCCUGAAAUACAUCAUGAGGCUGAUUCUAUCUUGUUUGGUAGCGAGCUAGAACAAACUACACAAGAAGUAGCAUCUAAACCAAAAGAACAAGACUGUUCCUUUGCUUAUGAACUUACGGAAAACAAGAAGGAAGAACAUCAAGUAGAGCAACAUGAAGACGAACAACCAAGUGAAGAUAAUGCUCAAGCAGAACAACAUGCCAUUAUUUCCGAGGAAUCAAAUCAUUCUGCUGCUUUUGAAUCUCAAGAAGCAAAUUAUGAACAUCAACAGGCAUCUCAGGAAACUGGCAAAGCAUUUACGCAAGUACCUGGUUUUGAGAAUCAAGACCAUAUCAAUUAUGAGUCAGUUAACCAAAAAGAUUCUCAAGGAAACUACGAGUCUGAACAAGCUAUUGAUUAUUCUCCUCAACUGUCAGAAUAUGGUACUCAAGAAACUGCUAAAUACGAAUCUCAACAAUCAACUUAUGAGGCUCAAGAAGAUGUUAAUCAUGAACCACCACAAACUGAUAGUUAUGGAUCUCAAGAAGUUACCAGUUACGAGCCACAACAAGCUGCUAGUUAUGAACCUUAUCAAACUGCCAACUACGAGCCUCAGCAGUCAGCCUACGAACCCCAGCAAACUACGAGUUAUGAAUCUCAGCAAACUGUUAGCUAUGAGCCUGGACAAUCCACUGAAUAUGAGCCUCAACCAUUGACAGGUUAUGAACCUGAACCAUCAGACUAUGAACCUCGUUAUGCAGUCACUUUACAUGAGCCUCAACCUGCCGCUUCUCGUGAAAUCCUUCGUCCUCCGCCUACAAAAUACCCUACCUCUAUCAAGAGUGUCUCUUCUCCCCCACCUUUCUCAACCAUGCCACCUCCUCGUUCCAACAGCAUUACUGAGCCAGACCGUCAUCAAAUGACGUCUCCUUUCCGCAUGAUUGAGCGAUCUGCCACUGUUCCUCCUCCCAUGACAGAGCGUAUUGCCUCCCCACGUCCUCAAUUAGUGCCUUGUCCUGAUCCUGCUUGUGAAGGGGAAAACAAAGUCAAGGCCAAGUUUUGUUGUGAAUGUGGUCGUCCUUUAGCAGGUAUUUCUCGAUCCACGACACCCUCUGCCGCUACCAUGUCCUCGUAUGAUGUGAUGACAUUUACUCGUCCUCAAGAUGAAAAGAAAGACGCAUGUAAAACAAGUCUGGAUCAAUUCUUAAAGACCAUUACUGGCGAUGUGGAAGAAAGACGUCGUCUUGUUCUGAAUUAUAUUCAAGGUCGUUUAGGUGAAUUUGAAGAAAGCAAGGCGCUUUUGUGGAAACUUGUUGAAUUGAUGAUUCAACACCAUGAAGAUGCUUUAGGUGAUGGUGGUCAAUUGGAUAAAUCCAUUAUUGGUCUACUCUCUUCACAUUCUCCUGCCGGUAUAAAUGAUUUGGAUCAACUUGAAUCUAUGUUGGCUCAAGGUGACCGGCAAAGUGCUUGUCAGUUUGCUGUUGAACACGAUAUGUGGGCACACGCUCUUAUUAUUGCUUCUAUUGAUCCUGAUCAGUUUAAGCAUAUCAUUACUCAAUUCAUUGAUCGGGGACUCUAUACUUCUCAAUUGGAAUGGAAACCUCAAAUUGCAGACAAUAAGAAGUCAUUGCGUAUGUUAUAUUCUGUCUUUAACGGAACAGGUGCAGCAUCAGUUGCCCAAUUUGUUAAAAAUGCAGUCGAAGAAGAACCGAUGUAUACUCAGAAGACACUUGAAGGAUGGAAAGAUGCUUUAGCACUUGUUCUGGCUAAUCGUUCAAUGAAUGAUCAAGAGGCCAUCCAUGGUCUAGGCAAUCAGCUAGAACAAGCUGGAUUAACGAACGAAAGCCAAUUAUGCUAUUUGUUGUCGCCCGACUUACUGGGUCUAGGCACUGCAUGGAGUGCUGAUCUGGAUAGUUUGUACUUGUACGAAUUAUACGAAUUUGGAUUGAAUUCUAGAACUACAAUUCCUCAACAAUUUAAACUUUUGCUUGCUUGGUGGUUAUCUGAUUUAGGAUUCAAUCAAGAGUCUCGAAAAUACGUAGAUUCGAUUGUUUCUGUCAUUUCUUUGACUGAUGCUUCUAAUGUCUUACAAAGCUUUAAAGAAUUAGCCGCUCAAGAUUUCCCUGAAAUUCAAUAUUUACUAAACAAGCAAACAUUGGACACAUUGAUUGCUUCUGUUGAAAAUGCAAUCAAUAAUCAAGGAUCUUAUCAAUCUUCUUACAACCAAGACUAUGGCAGCAGUUAUCAGCCUGUGUCUGAAAAAGCAGUUACAACUCCUUUCGGCCAACAAGCAAAGGGUAUUGAAUCGCCUUUUGGUGGCUACAUAGCACCAGCAGAAAGCAGCGGAGCUUGGUGGAACAAUCCUGCUGAUACAGCAUUGGACAACAAUCAACCAGAAAGUUAUCAACCAGAAAGUUAUCAACCAGAUGCAUAUACCCCUGCACCUACAACAAGUUAUCAAGCCAACAAUGAGGAUGACGAUGAUUUAGGCUUUGGUAAUUCAAAGCCAAAGAAGGCGGAAGAAAAGAAACCAGAAGAACAAAAGCCUAACCAAAUCACUGAAGAAAAAGAAGAGAAAAAAACAGAAGUAAAACCUGCUUCUGGAGGUAGUGGUUGGGGUCUCUUUUCUUUGUUUAGUCGUAAAGAAAAAGACGGUGAUGAAAAGAAACCUGUCGAAGCCAAUUUGGGUGAAAAAAGCUCGUUUUAUUAUGAUGAGAAGGAAAAGCGAUGGGUCAAUAAGCUUAAUGAUUCUAAACCUGCUGCUGCUACACCUCCUCCUCCUCCCAAAUCAACCACGCCUCAACCUGUUACUAAUACAUCAGCACCACCAGCACCACCAGCACCACCCUUAUCUGCCAUUAAGCCUAAUAACAUGCCUCCCUCACGUAUCAAUUCAGCUCCCCCACCUACAGCAGUUUCUUCGUUAGGUAGUCCUUUACCAGCAGGAUUCAGUACGCCUCCUCCUACUGCUGGAAGAAGAGCAGGUGGUGCUAGAAAGCCUAUGCGUUCUCGUUAUGUAGAUGUACUUAACCCUCCCAGCUAAUCCUUGUAUGCUUUAUUCAAACAUGUCUGGAGAAUAAAGGAUGAUUUUCAAAUUUAAAAUGAUACAAAGAAGAGGGAAAGCAAUAGGAGAGUCUUUUC